CUGGAUGUGUCAACUUGUGCAAAUGACAUUUUUGUCUUGUUGGCCGACUCGAAAGGUCUUCGCAAAUUCACAGUUUUUGAGAAAUCCAAAGCCAUCGAAAAAUUGCACCUCAAAUCGUUGUUUCUUCAGGUAACUUAAUUCAAUUUUUUUAUUUGAAUAAAAAAAUUGGAUUUCAGAGCGCUCAAUUAAUUUCAUUUUGUUAUCCGUUUUCCGAAUUUCCGCCAGGAGUUAUUUCAAAAACUAUUGAUGGAUUAUCACAAAUGAGCAAAAAGGUAACAAAUUUAAUUAAAAGGAAAAUUUCUUCAAAAUUCUCAAUUUGCAGAAAGAAACUGAAAAACUCUACCAAAAUCUGCAAAAAAUUCUGGACGAAAUUGAAGAGAGACGAAAAGCAUCGGAAAGUUUGUAUGAUAAUAAUAUGGAGCAAAAAGAGGUGUCGGAAAAAUUGGCGUCUGGAAUUCAUCGAGUUUUGCGAGGUGGAAAUGGACAAGAAAGUGGAUAUGAUGAUGAUUUUAUGUUUAAUAUACCGCAAGAUUUGAGAGAGAGGAGUAAAAAGUAGUCCGAGUAAAAGUGUUGUUGAGGGGAAUAUUGGGUGGGUUUUUUUGGGGAAAAGAGAUUUUUUGAAAUAGAGUUUUAUAGGUAUGUUCAGCUGUUUUAAAGAAUUUGAAGAUCUUAUAGAAAAAUUUUGAAAAUAUCUGAAAAUUCUAAAUUGUGAGCUGAAAUUCAACCCAAAAUAAACAAUAAAUAAAAUUUGGUUAUUUUUAAUUUCUAUCCAAAGAUCCCAUGUUUAUCAGAAUUUUAAACUUAGACUUGAAAUCUAGAAUUUCCAGAUAUUUUUUAGAUUCAGACUUCAACUCGAGAGUUUUUAUUAAAUUCUGGUUCAAAAUUUCAUAGAGAAACUUGUCUAUAGUCAAAAAAAAAUUUAAAAACAGAAUUUUAGACUGAAUUUCUUCGUAAAGUAAAAUUUGGAUCAAAAUUUAUAGGAGAAAUUUGGUAACAUGUGCUAGAUAAAAUCUAGAAUUUCCAUAUCUGAAAAAGUUCACUUUUUAGUUCUACAGUGAAUUUUUAUUUGAAAAUAUUUUAAUUUUUGAGGUUAAAAUUUAUCAAAAAUGAAAAUUAGGUGAAAAAUCAAUUUCUUACAAUUUCUGGUGCUAAAUUUCAAAUUAAUCAAAAAAUAUCCUAAAAUUCUAAAUUUUGAGAUUAAUUUUGUCAAAAAUUCCUGAAAAUUUUAGAUUCCAAAAUUAUAUUCCUAUCAAUUUCCAGAUCUCUAACUUCUCCCACCCCAAUCGCUAAACGAGCCUCCGAACCAUCAAACCUCGAACUAAAAAAUGAGUGGAGAAAAAAUGGAACUCCAGAUGUUGCCGAAGAAGACAUUCUACAAAGAGCAAAAAUGAUAUUAGAUGGAGAAUUUGGACAAAAACUGGUGGAAAAAGAGUCACUUCGAACACUUUUGCAAUUAGAAGGAAUUCAGAGAGAUGAGAUUCGAUUUACACCAACUGUUACGAUUGGAAAUGCGGCAAAAGCAUUGGCUGAAUUAGCAUUAGCUGUACCUGUGGAUUUAUCGAUUAUUUGGAAAAAUAUGGAGGAAAAUGGAGAGAAGGAUGAAGAUGAUGAAGAAGAUUCGGGAUUGGAAAGUGCGAAAACUGAUCGGGAAAGAUUGAAGAAUCGGAAACCUACUAUUGUUAAAGUUGUUAGACCUGGAGUUAGGGUAAGUUGAUAUAUUUUUCGAGAAAAUGUUGAAGCCUAAAGAAAUAAAACAGAAUUUUACCAUCAUUUUUUCCAGCCCAAACCAAUAGUUGCUGUCGCUGCACAAAAUAUCAAAAUCAGCACGGAUUCAUCAAAUAAUCAACAAAAAGAAGAAAUUUCGACUUGCGAAGAAAUGCGACGAAAACAAGAUGAACUUUGGCUUGAUUUACGACUAUCACAUUUGAAAAAAGAGAACCUUGAAAAUGUUCCAAAAUCUGAUACUGAAGAUACGAUUACAACAACAACAACAACAACAACAACUUCGAUAACACCAUCUGGUGGAAUUUGGACAAAUCCACUGGAAGAAUCGCUGACACCAACGAAAAUCGACAGAAAAUCAAUGGAAAACUGCGAGACUUGUGGAAUGCAUCGAAGUUGGGCGACGCUGGCACUUUUGAUGGCGGUUUGUGGCAAAGUUGAGAUAUUGAAAAUGGAAUUUGAACAAUGCUCCGCGAUUCCGGCGUGUUUGGAUGAGUGGGAAAAAGUGAUUCGAUGGAAGUUGGAAUCUGGAGAGGAGAAGGAGGAGGAUGCGAUAUGUCCGAGAUGUGAGACUGCGUUGAGUGGAAUUGAGAGGAUUAUUGGUAGGUAGAGGGGGAGCCGCGUUGCAGACCGCAAGCGUUUAAAGAUCUUGGGGCUGUUGGAAUUUUUUUUCUUAUAAAAAUCACAGCCACUCCGUGGCUGGCCAGAGUACAAUUUUGAAAAAAAUCUCAAUGUCUGUUUUUAGAGGUCAAAAGCUGACGAAUUUAGAGUUUCAUACUGUAAAAAAUUAGCGUACAAUUUUUUUAUCUAACCCAUGUCCCUUUAAAAUACUGUACCUAUAACCUCAUUGCAAAAACUGAGAGGAAAUGCCACGUGGAUUUUCUUAGCACCAAAAAUGACAAAUUUUGAAUUUUUACUCCUAAAAUUUUCCAUUCGAAACCCAUGUCCCUUUAAAAUACAGUGCAAAAAAUGAGAAAAAAUGCCACGUGGUUUUUUUAGCUCCAAAAUUGACAAAAUUUGAAUUUUGGCGCCAAAAGAUUCCAUGUCCCUUUAAAAUACAGUACCUAUAACCUCAUUGCAAAAACGGAGAGAAAAUGCCACGUGGAUUUUUUUAGCACAAAAAUUGACAAAAUUUGAAUUUUGGCGCCAAAAGAUCCCAUGUCCCUUUAAAAUACUGUACCCACAACCUCGUUGAAAUUAGUUAUCUUCCAGAAAUUUAUCUGAAAAAUUUGAAGCUAUUCUCAAAAAUUCAAAUUUCAGAGACAAAAUUAAAUAUUUCCUAGCAAAAACUCCCCUGAAAAUCUCAAUUUUUGCAGCUGAUGGCUGGAAAAACCUGACAAUAGUGCCCGACUCCACCAAACCCAACAACAAUAAAAUAUUCGAGCGAUGUUGUCAAAAUAUUCCCCAGGAAAAAAUGAAGACCAUAAUUUCUCGACAAACUCCACCGCCACCGCAAGAUUCGGAUUUUCCCGAUCCGAAUUUUUCCGAUGUUCCCCCAAAACCGAUCAAUAAUUUUCAAAUCAGGGCAAAAGUUGUGCGAAAAACGUCGAAGUUGCAGAAAUUUGGGUGGAAGUGGUUGAAAGCGGUGAAUUUGAGGACUGUGAGUUAUAUAUUUUUGACGAAUUUCAACAAUCUCAAGAUUUUCAGCUUUUAUCAAUGGCAAUAUUUUGCGAAGGCAAGAAAAAUGUGCUGGAAAUGAUAUCGAGAUCGGAUAAAUUCAUAGCCAAUCAAAUGAGAAAUCAAGAUUGGUCUGCGAUGGUUGUAAUGUGCUCGAGAGAAGUGAAUUUCAAGAAUUUGCUGAGUUUCAAGGCGAUUCAUGAGAUUUUGGAAUCGGUUGGAGCUGAUGGAUGGAUUCGACCCAAAAAACAGCAGAUUAUUCAAGUUGGAUCGCGAAGAAGUCAAUCGACAAGUUCGAUGACUAGUUGGAUUGUUGACACCAAUUCGUGAGUUUUUUUUUUGGAGGAAGAGAGAGCGAUAGUUUUAAUAUGGAGUUCGUGCGCUAAAUUUUUAUGAAAAGAUUUUGAAACAGUGAGAAAUUUAGAAGAAUAUAGUAUACACUUGCUUCUUUUUGUCACUCAAAAUUUUAAAAAAUUGUGAGUUUUUGGAGCACGAAUCGUUUUACUGCUGCUUUUUUGUGCUCAAAAUUUAUAGAAAAAUUUUGAAACAGUGAAAAAAUUAAUAUAUUUUGAAAACUCGGGAUUUUUGAGAUUUCAUUCAAAAUUUUAAAAAUUCGUGAUUUUUCUUGGAACGCGGGCAAUCGUGCUACUGUGGAAUUUUUUUGCUCAAAAAUUAUGAAAAGAUUUUGAAACAGUGAGAAAUUUAGAAGAAUAUAAUUGGAAACUUGUUUCUUUUUUUAUUCAAAAUUUAUUUUUGUUUAUACUUUUAAUCCAAAUUUAUGGAAAAAUUUUGAAACAGUGAAAAAAUUUAUAUAUUCUGAAAACUCGGGAUUUUUUAAAGUUUAAUUCAAAUUUUAUCAAUUUUAAAGCAGUGAAGAAUUCUAGGAAAGAUUGUCUGCUCUUUUUUGUACCGGAAUCUCGCUUGAAAAAAUUCUUAGAGGCCCCGUUUUUUGAACAUAAAAAAUACGUUUCAAAUUAUUUUUGAAUUAUUUGAAGCUUGAGAUUUUUCUAGUCUCAAUUCUUCUCAUGGAAAAAAUAAAAAUAUAACAUUUGAAAAAUCGGCUUUUCGAAAAAUUUUAAUUCUGAAUAUUACAAUUCCAAAUAGCUUAAAAAUACUGUUUCAAAAUUAUCUGACAAGGGAAGUGCAUAGGGUCAGGUGUUGAACUUUUUGAUGAAACGCUCGAAAUAUACCAAAUCGACCAUGCUGAUCACGAAUCCGAAGUCAAAAAUUGCCACAAAUGCCUGUGAGCAAUUUUCUGGAGCUCCAAAGUUAAAAUUGAGUUUUCGUUUUUGCUCAUUUUCACCAUGUUCCUGGGUGGAAAAUCAAUUUUUAUUGCAUGAAUAAGGCUGUUCACCACAUUCGAAAACCUAUCAGCUUUUUAAUUUUUCGAAAAAUAUGAAAAAUCAGCUGAAAACCGUAAUUUUCAAAAAUGCACAAAAACUUUAAAAACCUGUGUAUUUACGUGUGUUUGUGUGUAUUUUCAGGACUUUCUUUGUGAACAAAAUUUUUUCAAAGAAAUGUUUAGUUAGCUUUAUGUUCACAGAAUACAACUCUUUCAUUAAUUUCCCAUUUCCUUCCAGAAAAUGUCUAUUUUCAGACCAAAAAUGCAUAUCUCAAAAUUCCCAGCACCUAAAUCUCGCUUGAAAAAAUUCUCAGAGGCCCAGUUUUUGGAACAUAAAAAAAUAGGCAAAUAAUGAAUGGGACCCCAAAUGGGACCCCAAAUGACUGAAUGGGACCCCAUGCUGAAUGGGACCCCGGUGUUUAAAAAUCGUCGUGAUGAAUGGGACCCCAAAAUAAUAAAAUGGGACCACAGCUUUUUUUUGAAUUGUCUGAAUGGGACCCCGCAAAAAAAGGGACCCCGUUGAAUUUUUGUAUUAGUACGAAUGGGACCCCACUGAAAUUUUAUACUGAAAGGGAUACAAAAUUUGAAGCCUAAGCCUAGGCUAAAAAUCCUAACUAAGCCAUAACUAAGCAUAAGCCUAAAGGCCUAACUAACCCUAAGCCUAAAAUCCUAACUAAGCCUAAACCUGAAAUCCUAACAAAGACUUAAAACCCUGACUAAGCCUAAGCCUAAAGGCCCAACUAAGUCUAAGCCUGAAAUCCUAACUAAGCCUAAGCCUAUGCCUCACCCCAGUGCUGAGGAUACGUCUAAGUUUAAGCCUACCUGUGGUCCCAUUCUGAAGAAAUUUCAAUGGGGUCCCAUUCAUACUCAUACAAAAAUUCAACGGGGUCCCUUUUUUGCGGGGUCCCAUUCAGACAAUUCAAAAAAAUGCUGUGGUCCCAUUUUAUUAUUUUGGGGUCCCAUUCAUCACGACGAUUUUUAAAUACCGGGGUCCCAUUCAGCAUGGGGUCCCUUUCAGUCAUUUGGGGUCCCAUUUGGGGUCCCAUUCAUUAUUUACCAAAAAAAUACGUUUCAAAAUAAUUUUAAAUUAUUUGAAGGUUGAGAGUUUUCUGGUAUCUUUUCUGUUGUUGAAAAAAAUAAAAAUAUGACGUUUGAAAAAUCGGCUUUUCGAAAAAUUUCUGUAAAAUAAAAUAAAAUAAGUUGUUUCGUUCGCAAAAUUCACAAAAAAUGUCCAAUUUUUUGCAGAAAAUGUCCCAUUUGCGCACUUUCGAUCAAAAUGGUUGUUGGCGGAAUCGAUCGCGGGUUUCAGACAUAUUCUUGUGGACACGUCUAUCAUAAAAUGUGCCUGGCUACAAAAUAUUCGAUCGGUUGUCUGGCUUGUCGAAUUCGAGCUCGUCGAGCCGCUGCUGAAACAAAUAAGCUCAAAAAUUGA